AUGAAGGGUGUGAAUGGCAGACUUUCAUCGAGUUCAAAACUCGUUGAAAACACAGCCGCCACAACCAUGGCCAAAAGCAUGAAGAGUAUGAAAUUGCCAAUGGGACAACAGCAGACAAACCCUCCGGUAUCCCCAGACACAGAAAGUUCCUCGGGCCUGGUAAUACCCAUGAUAAAAACCAAGGAUUGUCCCAAACAAUUGCCAAUCUACUCGGCGGCCUUAGCUAAACCCGCCGAAGAUUAUUUGGCGGCCGAGGAUUUGGAUAACAUACAAUUGGAAUUGGAAAAAUUACUCUCCAGUGUGGCACUACGUUAUCGGGUACUGAAAUUGGAAUAUGAAAAUCUCGACAAAGAUGAUAAAAAUAAAGAUAAGAAAAGUAAACAUUCACUGCAGCUGUUGGGGGCACAGGCGGGUGAGAAACAACCCACUUCGCCGGCUACGGCCAUGACCAGCAGUGGGAAACGUAAACGAGAUGAAACAUCGUUGGUGCGCAAACCAAAACACACCACACUGAAACAUGCUAAAAAUUUACACAAUAAAAAUAGUCCAUUGGCGGCCCAGCAGACAGACGAUAGUAUGGAUUGUGCGCCAGGGGUGCAUGGUGGCGCCACCAGUCGGGAUGUACAAAAACCAAUACCUGCCAAAAUAGAUACCCCCAAUAAAUUUUGGCUUUCCGUUGAGCCAUAUUGUAUGCCGCUGACAAAUGAGGAUUUACGUUUGUUGGAUGAUUUAAUGGAGCAGUAUAAUGGUCCACUGGUGCCACCAAUACCUGAACUGGGACCCCACUACUCUACCAUAUGGGCUGCAGAGGAUAUGAAGGAAAUUCAACAGGGGUCAAAUCCCAAUACCAAUAAUCGUUUGAAGCCUCAAAAUAAUGGUGGUGUUAACAAUAUGCUCAAGAAGGCCGAUUCCAUUGUGGAUGAAUGUGUGACGGGGCCAUUGACACAACGUUUGGUCUCCGCCCUAAUGGAAGAACAAUUGAUCACAAAUCCAGCCGAUGUUGUGGCCGACAAUAGUAAUAGCAGUAGUGAAAAUACCCACUCUUCGGCAGCAAUGAGUUUCCGUUCGCUGUCAAUGUUAAGGAAUUGCAUUGGCAUCGAGAAACGGGUCAAGAAAGAGCUUAUCGAACAGGGUAUCUUGGAUAUCUCAGAUUUUCCCAAUAAUGACGAAGAUGAAAUACAUGCUGAAAUAAAACGUUUAGUUGCAGAGCUAUCGGCCAUUGCCGAAUACAAUAGUAAUGCCUUAAAACGUCUGCACGAGGCAGCGAGUGAGGAAAUAAAACGCUUAGAAGUUAAGCGAAAACUCGAUGCCAUUGAUCAGGAAAUAUUGGAGACCUAUAAAAGGACACUACAGACAAAGGCAAAACGUAAGCCACUAUCACCGGAAGAGCAACAGGAAAUUUAUCGUUUAACAGCCGAACAAAAGACACUUUCGGAUCAAUUGGAACGUAUGCAAUCGCAGCAUCCAUUUCCAAUGGAACAGUAA